AAUAGCUUUCGCUCGUCAAGGUUCUUGCACUCUUCAAGCAAUCCAGUGACAUUCAUGUUGGGGCUCGCGGUGGGCGAGUACAAGCGCGCCACCGACUUCUUCCUGGAUUGGCUGCGGCGUGCAGGUGGUGACAACCAUCAUGCCGGCAAGCGAGUGCAGGCGAUCAACGACGUGGUGAAGGAGAUCGCAAGUGAUCCGUCGACGCUCACCCCCGAACUACUUGAAGAGUUACACACGGCUCUCGAUGCUUGCCAAUACUCUAUCAUGUUGAGAGAAUGUGUGGCCGCGGUUUACCCAGAAGAGGACGAGCGCCAAGUGGGCCACCAGCAUUUUCUGAAAUCACUGCGAAGAUGGUAUUCAAUGCUUCAAGGGAUUGAAGUGGGGAUUCCUCCAGAGCUCGACGAUGACGAGGACCAUUGGGGAUACCAACGUUUCUUAAACUUACUACAGAACCGGCAUUCUACAGCUCGAGAAGUGAAAGUAAAGACACAUCCGAAGUGGGUGAACAUGCAGUUGGAGAACUCGAAUUGUUAUGAAGUCCUGCAUGGUGAUGUGGACUAUAUUUCAGACGAGGAGGACUUUGCUGCGGAGAAAGGGACUUCGAAGACUGCCGAUGUGAAAAGAGAGCGGCUUUUUGGGAAGGCCUUUGCGGUGAAGAAAGGGGCCUCAAAAACAGUCAAGGUGAACAGAAAGCGUGUAUUGAAGAAGACCAUUGCGAACGAGCCGAGUGUGAUUUUGGGGCAUGGUCAACAUAUUCCACCGGGUUCUGAUUUCCGCGGAAUAAAGACAUUCAGCGAAUUGACAAUUUCGCUGAAAUUGCUGCUGGACACGAUGGUUACGACCCAUUAUCCGGUAAACUGCACUGCAAAUAGUAGUCUACAGAAGUGGAUUGGAGACUUGUGGGCAGGCCAUCUUGGGAGAUUACCUCGUUUUCAUGCGCUCAUCGCUCUCGUUCUAAUGUUUCUUCUGCUGAGUGAGCGAUUAGUCCACGUGUGCUACUCCUAGGAACCAAAGCUGUACCGGUAAAGACCGCAUGCUUAUACCUGCGCCUACUACAUGCCGCCGCGGCUGAUGUCGACAAGACGUCUGAGUUAACUGUAAAGAGAUCCGGGGAGUAUAGUUCGACGCAAGUCAACAUCGCUUUUUACCAACUGGAAGACCCCAGUGUUUCUGCCGCUCAUCAAAUUGACACAGUGGAAAACAUUUGCAAAAAUGUUAAAUGAGAUUCGGUGGCUUGCUUCAAUACGUGCAGAUCCUAUAUCUUGUCAUAUUCUAUCUCACUGAAACUUCUAUUAGGGGGGGUCGAACCUUCAAAAAUAAUCCAAAUUUGUGAG